CAGAGGGCUAAUAUUGCGGCCGCAUAGGUCAGCCGCAGCCAUUUCCCUUGGAUCUCACCACCGCCCUUUAAACCUCCGACAGCAAAACCGUCAACCCUAAAAACUUCCCAAUCUCCAGUUUCCAUUCGGCGUUAACCAAAAACCCUAUACCUAUUAAAACCAACAACCCCCUUCCGACGUCACCAUUUUUAUUUCAGAAGCAAACGAAAAGGAAAAGGGAAAAUGGAGGUGGAAAGAGAGCAAGCAGAUUCGGGGAAAAGCGUGAUGUGCGUAUUAACAGACCCAGAAGGGACCACACUGGGAGGCACCAUGUACCUUCCUCAGAACGUUGGUCCUCUUCAGCUUCAACAGAUUGUCAAUACGCUUCUAAAAAAUGAGGAGAAGCUACCGUAUGCAUUUUAUAUAUCUAAUCAAGAGCUUCUUGUGCCACUUGGAAAUUACUUGGAGAAAAAUAAAGUUUCCAUGGAGAAAACGCUAUCAAUAGUUUAUCAACCGCAAGCAGUUUUCAGGAUUCGUCCAAUUAAUCGAUGUUCAGCUACAAUUGCUGGUCAUACUGAAGCAGUACUUUCUGUUGCCUUUAGUCCUGAUGGACGACAGUUAGCAAGUGGCUCAGGUGAUACCACCGUCCGACUAUGGGACCUAAAUACUCAGACACCAAUGUUUACAUGCACAGGACACAAAAACUGGGUUCUUUGUAUCGCAUGGUCACCUGAUGGUAAAUAUCUGGUCAGUGGAAGCAAGGCUGGAGAGCUAAUAUGUUGGGACCCACAAACCGGGAAGCCUGCUGGGAAUCCGCUGACUGGGCACAAGAAAUGGAUCACCGGUAUCUCAUGGGAACCUGUCCAUCUAAAUGCUCCAUGCCGUCGCUUUGUAAGUGCUAGCAAAGAUGGUGAUGCCCGCAUAUGGGAUGUUUCCUUAAAGAAAUGUGUCAUUUGUCUAAGUGGCCACACACUUGCCAUAACUUGUGUGAAAUGGGGUGGAGAUGGAGUCAUAUAUACAGGAUCCCAGGAUUGUACUAUUAAAGUAUGGGAAACUUCACAAGGGAAGCUAAUUCGUGAAUUGAAGGGCCAUGGGCAUUGGGUUAAUUCCCUUGCUUUGAGCACAGAAUAUGUUCUCCGCACUGGAGCGUUUGACCAUACUGGUAAACAAUACUCAUCUGCAGAAAUGAAGAAGGUUGCUCUAGAAAGGUACAACAAAAUGAAAGGCAAUGCCCCUGAGAGAUUGGUAUCAGGAUCUGAUGAUUUUACCAUGUUCCUAUGGGAACCUGCUGUCAGCAAACAUCACAAAAUCCGCAUGACUGGUCAUCAACAGCUUGUAAACCAUGUUUAUUUCUCACCUGAUGGGCUAUGGGUGGCCAGUGCAUCAUUUGAUAAGUCAGUCAAGCUAUGGAAUGGUACUACUGGAGAAUUUGUUGCUUCAUUCCGAGGUCAUGUUGGGCCUGUUUAUCAAAUCAGCUGGUCUGCAGAUAGUAGGCUUCUUUUAAGUGGAAGUAAAGACUCCACCUUGAAGGUUUGGGAUAUCCGAACAAAAAAGUUGAAACAAGACCUCCCAGGCCAUGCAGAUGAGGUUUUUGCCGUUGAUUGGAGUCCAGACGGUGAGAAAGUUGCAUCUGGUGGUAAGGAUAGGGUGUUGAAGUUGUGGAUGGGGUAAUUGCAACACGGUUGAAAUAUCAAUUAUCUUAUACGAUCAGUCUAGAUAUGUGCAACUGCAAUGAACCAGGAACUUCAGAAUCAGCCCAGAUUGAUAGGUAGAAACUUCUUUGUGCGACAUUGCACUUCAUUGUUUUCAGGAUUGCUUGGUGUAUAUUUUAUACUAGGUAUACUAGACAUUUCAACUCAUGUAGUAUCCUUUUUUAGAAGUGUAAUGCUAAUUUUAUAUAUUUAAAUAGAGAGCCAGUACGAUAGUAGACCAAAUC